AUGUCGGAAGGGUCGUUGGCUGCCGACAACCCCUUCGUUGACCCAUCUCUCUACGAAACUCCCUCGGCGCUGCAAGGCGAGGCUACGCUUNUUGUCUCCGAGGAUGCGUCACUAACCCUGGGAGCCGAUGCGACAAUUAUUUUGGGUACGCUACACGCCUUGCCCAGCACCCAAGCGCUCUCGCUCACAUUCGAUANNGACGAUCGCUUCGUACAUAGAGAGGCUGCCAAUUGUUGUGGCCUACUGCCGACCAGUAGGUUCACCAUCUCGCCUACCAAGUUCCGCUUGCCUAACCCAAACCUCAGAGNNUCGAAGACGACCCACUCCAUCCCGUACUACAACAUCCUUGAUGCUUCGCUCGACGGUCUCGAGUUGACCAUUCAACAUGCUCUGCCGACUUCAAAGAAAUCUUGUCGUCCGUCCACUAUCUCCUAUACGCUCAUUGAUAAAACAUCCAUCAACGCUGCCAAGUCAUGGCUAAGCAAAUUACUUGACCUGGCCUACGGAAAUUCGCAAAGGUACAAGAGGAUCAAAGUCUUGGUCAAUCCUUUUGGUGGCCAAGGCGCUGCACAAAAGCUGUAUACUAGCGAGGUCGAGCCUCUAUUCAGAGCUGCUGGCUGCCUCAUCGACGCAGAGGAAACAAAACAUUCUGGUCACGCCAUCGAUAUCGCUCGCCAACUCGACGUAGAUGCCUACGACGUCGUAGCAUGUGCAUCUGGCGACGGUCUACCUCACGAAGUCUUCAACGGUCUCGCCCAACAACCAAAACCAAGGCGUGCUCUGCGAAAAGUCGCCGUGGUUCAACUCCCAUGCGGAUCAGGCAAUGCUAUGUCUCUCAACCUCAACGGUACCAGUUCACCCUCUUUUGCUGCUCUAGCUAUUGUGAAGGGUGUGCGCACUCCACUGGAUCUUAUGGCUGUGACCCAGGGAGAGAAGUUGUACUGGAGCUUCUUGAGUCAGGCCGUGGGCAUCAUCGCCGAUUGUGAUUUGGGUACAGAGAACAUGAGGUGGAUGGGUAGUGCUAGAUUCACCGUCGGCAUCUUGCUCAGACUCUUGGGCAAGACUGUAUACCCGGCCGAGCUCGCUGUCAAGGUCGACAUUGGCGACAAGGAAGCCAUCAAAUCUGCAUACAGAGAUACCAGGAACCAAAGUCAGGACAUAUCUGGUAAAAGGGAGUGGGAAGUGCAUCAAGACCUGGACGGUGACAAAGAUGAUUCGCUUCCUGCCCUCCGCUAUGGAACAGUGCUCCAUGAUGUGCCUUCGGACUGGGAAAAGUCGUCAAAGCCUACAUUAGGCAAUUUCUACUGCGGUAACAUGGCGUACAUGUCCGCCGAUACACCAUUCUUUGCUGCUGCUCUGCCUUCUGACAACCACAUCGAUAUGGUCGACGUUGAUGGCACUAUCCCGCGUCACAAAGCGAUCGAAAUGAUAACAGGAGUCGAGAACAACAAGACGUUUGACAUGGAUGUCGUCAACUAUCGUAAAGUCAGCGCCUAUCGUAUUAGUCCAAGGUUGAGACCAGGUCAAAAGACUGGAUACAUCAGCAUCGACGGAGAAAGGGUACCAUUUGAGCCCUUCCAGGUGGAAGUUGUUGGGGGUUUGGGCACUGUGCUGAGCCGUAACGGAGCAGUAUAUGAGUUCGAGGGCCCAAAGUGA